CUCGACUCUCGAGUCACUCGCAUGAGUGUCGCAUCUGCUACUUUUAAAUACUAGAAAAAUAGCUCAGGGCUCAACUGAGCUUAAUCAUACCUUGUUAGAUGUCCAACUCCCAACCCACUACCAUCCUUCCCGAGGCGCACGAGCAACUGGUAACGCCGUGGGAUGUGCAGGGCUCAGUCUCUGCCGACGGCAAGCAACUUGCGAUCGACUACGACAAGUUGAUAGUUCAGUUCGGGACGCGCAGAGUUGAUGCAGAACUUCUGGAGCGGUUCGAGAAAUUGACAGGGCAUAAGCCGCAUCCGUUGCUGAGGCGGGGGAUGUUUUUCUCGCAUCGAGAAUUUGACAAGAUUUUGGAUCGGUAUGAACAGGGAAAACCAUUCUUCUUGUACACGGGACGCGGUCCAAGUAGCGAUAGCAUGCAUCUUGGGCAUAUGAUACCAUUUCUCUUUACCAAAUGGUUGCAGGAUGUCUUUGAUGUCCCACUAGUCGUCCAGCUAACCGAUGACGAGAAAUUUUUGUUCAAGCACGAGCUGAAAGCUGAGCAGACGCUACAGUUCUCGAGGAGCAACGCAAAAGACAUCAUCGCGGUGGGAUUUGAUAUCAAGAAGACAUUUAUCUUCAGUGAUUUCGAAUACGUCGGCGGACCAUUUUACCGCAACGUCGUCAAAAUAUCAAGACAAAUAUCAUACAACCAAUCAAAAGCCACAUUUGGUUUCAACGACUCGGACAACAUCGGCAAAAUCCAUUUCUGUGCCGUUCAAGCAGCCCCGUCCUUCUCUAACUCGUUCCCUCACAUCUUUGGCGAAGUUUCUAAUAUCCCAUGCCUCAUCCCCUGCGCGAUAGACCAAGACCCUUACUUCCGGCUUACGCGUGAUGUCGCGCAGAAACUCAAGUACCCUAAACCAUCCCUCAUCCACUCCCGUUUCUUCCCUGCUCUUCAAGGACCUCAGACGAAGAUGAGCGCAUCGGAUGCGACUACGAGUAUAUUCAUGACCGAUACCCCUAACCAGAUCAAAAAUAAGAUCAAUAAACAUGGUUUCUCUGGUGGUAGGGAGACGGAAGAGGAACACAGGAGACUUGGGGGUGAUACGGACGUGGAUGUUGCAUAUCAAUAUCUGGGCUUCUUCCUGGACGAUGACGAAGAAUUUGCGAAGAUAGGCGAGGAUUACAGGGCAGGACAUCUACUUACGGGUCAAUUGAAAGCACGUUGCAUUCAAAUGUUGCAGGAGUUCGUGAAGGUCUUCCAAGAGCGGAAAGCCAAGAUUACGGAUGAGGAUGUCAACGCAUUCAUGGACCCACACAGGAAAAUAGACUACAGUUUCGGCAAGCGAUCACAGACAUCAUGAGGUCAUGUAAAUUGUUGUAUGAGGAAGUAGCAAACACAUGGAUCUACGUGUGUGCGUCUAAGCGUGAUCCACAACCACGUAUUAAUAACAUUCAGGCCGUAAGAUCCACCGUUUAUCCUAUUCAUCUCUAUGUUGCAGGCCUUGCCGAUAGGAAUCGUACUAGUGCCAAUGCCCUUCAUCGAGUGAAAAGGAUACGUCUAGAUCUGGUCAUACUGCCGCCCAACAAUGACAUCCACCAUGGCCUUGCCCCAGUUAAAGAUUCAUGGUUCUUC